CUGUGUUCGCUACGAGACCGAGACGUGACGGGCGGCAGUUGUGGCGCGGUAGCUGACAGAGAGAGGGGCUGGGUUUCGAGAUCCGAGUAACGUAGGAGACAAGAGUUGUUGAGUGGACAACGUGGAACCAGAGGGGGUUUUGAAGCGAAAUGCGACUCUUUAUUUGCGGUAGAUAACAGGAUCACUCUGGUAGCUGGAAGUUGGCGGGACAGCGUUGAAAAUUUGACGUUUGAAGGCUCGACCUGCACGUGGAACUCAAGCGUAAACCGACUCCCAAAAGUGGAAGAGACCAGCCCAGCUCUCGCCUGUCCCUCCCGUGCGUGUCCGGCCCCGAGAUGGAGAUCAAGACGGCCAUCAACAGGGAGAUCUUCACGCCGCACGAUGAGAAGAUGCUGGUGGCGGUGCAGGUGAAGCGGAGGACCAAGAAGAGGAUCCCCUUCCUCGCCACCGGGGGCCAGGGAGACUACUCCACCUUCAUCUGCAUAUCAAAAACCAAAAAGAAGCCGUUCCACGUGUCCAUCACCAAAGUAAAGAAGUUUGAGGGCUCCACGGCGUUCGUGCGCCGGUCCCAGUGGUCAAUUGACCAGCUGCGUCAGAUCAAUGGCAUCGACCCCAACAGAGAUUCUGCGGAGUUCGAUCUGACCUUUGACACCGCGUUCGACCAAUGGGUGGCCAGUUCGUCCGGGGAGAAGGGCAUUUUUGUCCAGGUGCUUCACACUACCUGUCAGCAACACUGCUCGGAGAGGAAGCCAGAGUUCGUCAACUGCCAGGCACACCUGCUCAGAGGUAACAGCAUCCUGCACACGGCGGCGGACAGCGUGACGAGUGCGGUGCAGAAGGCGAGCCAGGCGCUGAACGAGCGCGGGGAGAGACUGGGCCGCACCGAGGAGAAGACCGGCGAGAUGAUGAACAGCGCCCAGCAGUUUGCAGACACCGCACACAAGCUGGCGAUGAAGCACAAGUGUUAGGCGGCGGUCGCCAUGCCAAAUCUCCUGGACGAAGGGACCUGCUGAAGAGCACCUGCCUCUCAAACGCCAACAACACGUUUCCACGUUUCAAAAACCUUUCUAUCGGUUACAUCUUUUAACAACGCCUGUAUUGUUGACAGUGUCAUGAUUUUAAACACACGUUACUGUGCCCACGAAAAAGACCUCUGGUUGAGGUGGUGGAGAGAUAGUGAGUGUAGCGAGCAAACUUUUAUGAAACUUCAACCCCAUGACCCACCUAAGGUGGCCUGAGACCUGUGGCACCAGGGAAGUGGCCUGCAGCACUCUUUCUCAAAGCCAGGGGGCACUAUGGUGCAUAAUGAACCAAGUCAGAGUAACUCAUCAAGGGGAUUUAAAAAAUAAAUACUUUAACUAGCGGUUUAGAGUUGUGUUUUUAACAAUGUGUGUAGUUAGAUUUAGAUUAUAUUUGGUGGUGUCUUCCGCGCAUUUCAGAUAUACCAGAUGAGUAUUUUUAAAAAGUGUCAGGAGCCCUGGUAUUCCUGGCUCUGAUCUUUCUCUGGAUCCGACAAUAAGUUGGAUGGUUUGCCUGCAUAUAAUGAGGGGGAAAUGCUUUAUAAGGAGAGGGUUCUAGGGAGUGGAUGAUGGCCCACAUUGCACCGAGACUGCUGUGAAAGACAGGCUUUAUUUGGGAGCUUUUAAUUGCCAAUAGCAUCAGAUUCAGUAUGCCCACAGGCAAGCUGUAGUCGGCAUACACACUGAAUUGAGAAGCCAUUGUGUUGCUGUAACAUCAAGCACAUACAUUCCUAGCAUUUACAAUUGGAUGUGCUUCUCUCUUUCUCCUCUUUUCGAUUUUCUCCAAACUCCAAGCAGCUCCUGUGAGCUCGACAGCAUAAACUUUUCACCAUAAUGUUGGUGAAACCAAUAACUAUGUCAUGCAAUAAUGAAUUUGACCAUGAGAUGCUCAGACAGUGUGUGGGCAUAUUCGUGUAUGCCAACCCUCCAUUGACAUAACGCCCAUAGGGGCAUAGUGUGAUGUUGUCAGGUGUUGCUGUGUCUGUUCUAUACUGUAGUGUGAUGCCAUUCCUUGGUUGUACAUUAGAUAUCGACGUGUUUUUGCGGACAGUAAGGUUUUUACUGUGCCAUAAUUUUUUCAACAUCUCUCCGCAAUUUAACUAUGGAGAUGAUCACUCCAUUUUUAACACUUGGAUAUCUUUUAUUUUGGAGAAAGCUAUGUAAAUAUAUCUAUAUAGGGUACUUGGGAAUUAAGUAAGGAAACCGAAUAAGUUUGUUACUAAGCCUUGAGACAGAGUAUAUAGUAUGUUAAACACACACACACACACAAACACACACACACACACACACACACACAUAUUCACA